AUGUUCAUUAAGAACCUCAGGAGAAAAUGGUCAAGCAAACCUUGUGUAGCUAGCACUGCCACUCCACAGCUGUAUCUUGCUUUCUAUGCACGUCUGAAGUAUCCCAACACAUAUCACUAUGCUCUCCACAUCUCCUCUCCUGAAAGCGCAUCCAGCCCAGCAAUUCGCACUAUGAAGUAUCACUGCAAAAAUAUUAUCACGGUGACCGACGGCACUGUCUCAAUACCUUGGGUUUACGAGGCAGUCAAGAUAGACCCAGACUCUGAUCCCCGUAUUGUCGUGAGGAUCCUUCUGGGAGGCGUGAGCCGCAUAGAUCUUGUGGACUCUUUGCUUGAAGCUGUUCCAGUUGGGCAAGGCAGCAAGGAGGAUUUUAAUUGCGUUUCCUGGGUCAGAGAUACUCUGCUUCGACUCAACCAAGUUGGAGUAAUAAGUCGGGGAGACAUCUCUGACUGGGAUGCCGUUGAACGCACAGGCUUAGACUAUGUUAAUGAAAAGAAGCAGCAGGGGAGGUUUGAAUCUGGCUGGAAAGGCGAUAUUUCCAGAGUAGCUACUUUUGACAGGACUCUGGGGCGGGAAAUAUAUCCAUAG